GCAGCCGCUGGGGCCGGCGUCGAGGGCGUGGUGGCUCCGGGCAGUGGGGGUUUGUCCGCCCCAGGCCGCGCUCGUUGCCCCCGGGCCUCUCCCCUCGAGCGCACAGCAAUAUCUGGCAGGUAUCCUAGAACUUUACCCACAGAGAAAAUGCUACGAGAAAGCCUGAAAUCUUGGAAUGACAGCCAGUCAGACCUCUGUAGCAGUGACCAGGAGGAGGAAGAGGAGAUGGUCUUCGGUGAAAAUGAAGAUGAGUUGGAGGAAAUGACGGACCUGAGCGAUCUGCCCACCUCCCUUUUUGCUUGCAGUGUCCACGAAGCGGUGUUUGAGGUUCAAGAGCAGAAGGAGAGAUUUGAAGCCCUGUUCGCCCUCUAUGAUGACCAGGUCACAUUCCAGUUGUUCAAGAGCUUUCGCCGGGUGAGGAUCAACUUCAGCAAGCCGGAGGCUGCGGCCAGAGCGCGGAUAGAGCUGCACGACAGUGAGUUCCACGGCCGGAAGCUGAAGCUUUACUUCGCACAGGUGCAGGUGUCCGGGGAGGCCCGGGACAAGUCCUACUUACUGCCACCACAGCCCACCAAGCAGUUCCUCAUCUCCCCUCCCGCCUCACCCCCAGUGGGGUGGAAGCAGAGUGAAGACGCAAUGCCCGUGAUCAACUAUGACCUGCUCUGUGCCGUCUCCAAGCUGGGGCCAGGGGAGAAAUACGAACUGCACGCAGGAACCGAGUCCACCCCCAGUGUGGUGGUGCACGUCUGUGAGAGCGAAACUGAAGAGGAAGAAGACACAAAAAGUCCAAAACAGAAAAUCACGCAGACGCGACGCCCGGAAGCUCCCACGGCAGCCCUGAGUGAGCGGCUGGACUGUGCGCUGUGAGCCGCCACCGCGGCUGCGCAUCCCACUACUACAACCGCGCCCGCUUAGGAGCACGGCCCAGGGAUGCUGCGGCAUCCAUCCGGCAGCUGGGCCAGCCUCCCCAGACCGGAAGGAGGGGUGAAGUAGCAGAUUGGACCAGCUGUUUGAAAUUUUGAACAGUAUUCUAAAUGGCACUUUAAGUGACAAGGCUAGCCCCAACCAUGUGGCACCUGUCUCCUCUCCCAGAAAUAUUAGUUCCCUUGAACCUGUAGAGCAUUGGGUACCACAGGCCAGAACUAGAGUCACCCAGUGCACUGCCAUUUUUACAGAUGUAAAAAUUAGUCUUAGAUUUCUGUACUUUGGUGUGGGUAUUUUUGUACAGGUGUGGCAGCGUCUGACAGAUUGAGCAAAGGCUGAAUGUUACUAUUCAGUAGACGUGACCUUUUUUUGCACGAGAAGAAACGUGAAAUACAAAGUCAUUUGUAGAAAUCAUUUCUCUCAAGUAUUUUUUCACUAGCUUUAGGAAUGAAAGGCCAAAUGACUGAGGUUGCCAGAUCCAGAUGGCGUGGGCAGCUGUGCUCCUGGCUCUCCGGGCUCUCCUGACUCUCCCGGCUCUCCUGGCUGUCCCGGCUGUCCAUCUUACUUGCCAGUCAGUGACAGUGAUGUACAGAACUCUGCUCCAGUGCUACCCUUCCUAGCCUCGGCUCUGCAGAGGAACCUGGCCUUUGCCAGCGGGACGUGUGGUCAGGAAGCUUGGCUGAUGACUCUGGAGUUGUAGCCUUCGCGACGGCUCUUCAGUUACUCUCUAGACCCUCCUGAUGCUGGCCUGCGACUGCUUGCGGUUUCCUAUGCUGUGUGUGUAAUCAUGGGUGUUAGUUGGUCUUAACUUUAGAAGAUAAUGAUAAAAUGGUGAAAACCAUUUUAAAUUGAGGGAGCUGAUUCGUUGUUUUCUUUGAAGACAGGGUUUCACUUUGUAGCUCCCGAGCCUGAUCCUCCUGCCUCAACUUCCCAGGCGUGCAUCUCAAAGUUUUCCAUUCAAGUAUUUCAGCUGUUUGAAAACAAAAAUCACUGUAUUUCCCCCUAUGGAUUAGGGAGAGGAGUCAUUCUUUUGGGGGUGGUUGAGUUUGUUUGUUUGUUUGUUUGGGUUGUUUUGUUUUGAGACAAGGUUUCACAUUGUAUCUCAGGUUAGCCUGUGACUCAUUAUGUAGCCCAUGCUAGCCUUGAGCCCCAGACCUCUUGGGUGUUCAGAUUGCAGGCAUGAGCGUGUAGUUCAUGCUUCCCUUUUUAACGACCAUUUCCACCUUGGCUUGCAGUUGAUGUUCAGAUAGAAUCGCUUCUUACACUUGAAGAUGUGUUGUUUGGGGCUUCGUAGGUCACUCAGCAUCACCGGUGUGCUAGACUGCAGUCCCUUGCAGAAGGCUGUCCUUCUCGGAGUGGUGCGCCCGCCUGCAUACGCACACACGUUUUCAGUCUUAUUAAAACAGCGUCUCAUGUCCUCCAGGUUGACCUCAAGCUUGCUGCAUCCCACGGAUGGCCUUGAACUCCUGCUCUUCCCACCGUCUCCUAAGUGCUAGGACUGCAGGGGUGUGCCGCCAUACCUAACAACAACAGGAGAGGUGUCCCUUGCCUUCAAAUCCUGUCAAUUGUGAACUCUGCAUUUGCCUUUUGGAAGCCUCGGUCUAGGUUCAGUUGAAGAUGACGGUUCCGUCCACACUUCUUUGUGGAUCCAAGUCAUCUGCCUGAUAAAGUCAUUACUCACGCGUUUUGUUUUGAGGUGAUGUCUCACAGUGUUGCCCAGGUCGGUCUCAAACUCCAGGCUUCAGUGGGUCUUCCCAGUUGACAGGAUGCAAGCACAGGCCCCUGUGAUCCUGGAGCCUUUGGAGGCGAAGGCAGUAGCUGAGGAAUUCCAGGCCAUCCUUGGCUACACAGUGUUCUGCAUUGCUGAGCUCAGCAGUUUGCUUCUUUUGAUUGUAGGAUAAACCCUAGCUGCCAGCACUCAACAGUUGGGGAGUUUUGUGUUCCCCAUUAAACGAUACAUGAUCUAAUUUUCUAAGUAAUCAUAACCCAGUUUUUAAAUUCGUCUUGGCCUCCAGUUUCUACCCACCACUUAAAGAAUAUCUAUUGCUUUUUUUUUUUAAGUCACGAAGUUCAAAUCUGCAUACAUAAUGUUACCUUGGUCACAGGCAGUUGUGUUAGCACCUUAUGAGGAGUUCCCUGGAUAUUCACAUUCAUGCAGUUAGAAUGUCAACAGUCGUUGGUAAGGGAGGACCCAGGCUCAAAGAAUGCAUGGAGUUAAAGAUUCACUGUGGGACUCCCUCUCCCUUGGCUUAGAAAAUCAAGUUCUAUUCAAGAUUAAUGCUGGGCUUUAUAUUUUUAUGUAAACUAUUUUUAGACCCGAUUUAGUUUUGUGAGGAAAGCUUUAAGCGUCGCUAAACCCUGGGAGUGUACCAGAUUCUUUGAUGCCUUGGGUUCAUGCCUGCUUGCUUGCCUUCUUUUCUCAGACCUUACCUACUAGGUGAGCUUGGUCACUGUCCACCUCCCUCUGUGUUCCCUGAUACUUCUGUCUUAAAGGAAACAGUGUCUGAUGUGGUGGCACUAGCCUGUAAUCUCAGCCUGCAGGAGGCUGAGGCAGGAGGAUUGAGAGAACAAGGCUAGGCUGGGUUACCUGAGUUAAACCCUUACAGAAUAAGAUAUUUUCCUUCUCUUGAUGUGACAGUACAGAGGAACAGAGGUCCUGGGGAGAUAUUUACUUCUAGCCUAGAAGUCUGUGUUCUGGAGACUUAUUCUACACAAAUGAAUACGAUGUAGGAACUUUGAACAACCACAUGGCAAAUGACUAUCAUGUUUCCAACCCCCCUGGUUGUGUUCUCCAGAGCAACCCUCCUCCUCAGAGUGCCACAGUUUCCCUCUGUCUUGAGCAGAGCACAGAUCACAGUCAGGAUUACCAAAUGCAUUCAUCAUGAUGGCAUAGCCUGUCAUCUCAGUGCUUGGGUGGCAGAGGUAUGAGGACUUUGUAAGUUUAAGGCCAGCCUGGGCCAUGUACCAAGACUCUAUGUCAUCAACAAGAGGGUUACUGGGUGUACAGGUGGCCCAUUGACAGAUAACAGUGACUGUCACAUCUCUGGCCAUGGCUGGCAUCCGUAUUCCCUGUGGUUUCUAGUCAAGGCUAGAAGUGAUCUCAGAUAAGGUCAGCAUGCAGACACCUACUGACUCAGAUUCGUGCUUUCUCUUAGAAGCCUGCAGUUCUUGAAGUGGGUUCUGAGACCCUUGCAGGUCCCACGUGGCCUGGACUGCAUGUGCAUUCUUGACAUAAGGAGGAUUUCUUUUCUAUCUAUGCAGAUAACUUGUGGUUUUCUGUACUGUUCCCUGUUGGUAUCCACUCUUCCUAAGUCAGAUUGAGGAUUCCCGUGCCGUGCUGUGCCCUCUCCAGUCAGCCCCUGAGUAUUUAUCCACGUCCCUUGUGUCUUUGACGUGUGAGAAAGCGUUCGCAGCCAUUGCACAUUGAUCUUCAUAACAGCCUGCAGCUGGAUUAGUCUCAAGUCCGACAUGUCUGUAGUCCCCGGUCCUGUGAACUGUAGUAAAUCCUCGCUGCACUUGUGGAAACUGGUCAGUGAGCGUCGUCCGUGGGUCCCAGGAUUUCAGUAUGCUUGCCGUGAUGGGCUGUAGUUCAUUAUCAGUGUCCACUGUCCUGUCUCCUAAGGAUUUCUAACAUUCCUUGUCCUGUAAGGAGGUGACAAAGACAGACUGUAACUUGGAGGACACUUGUGGAUUACCUGUAACAAAUUUCGAUGUUGAACUAAUAAAAAGUUGUUGUUUUUUAAGUCA